GGAGGAGUGCCGGAGAAUCGAUUCGCCCAUGCUUGUUUGCUUCCAGUUUGCAAGGCAGGACAGAGGGAGAAUCUCAGAAUUGCUCAUUGGCUUCCAGGAUGAUUCCCUGUGGCGUGUUUCUGAAUUAAGUCAGGGCACCCUAGGAAGGAAGGAAGGAAGGAAUGCCAACAUUUGGAAGAUCUCGAGAAGUUUGGCCAUUGGCUUGGUGGAACUUUUCGCAAAUUUUGUGACGCCUGGUGAAUUUUGUACCAAGAACAAGCCGUGCUGAAGAUCCCGAAGGCGUUGAAAGUCACCCAAAACCAAUCAAUCUUGAAGAUCAUUCAUCAGCAUUGACAGGAACUUCUAAUCGGCUGUGUCAUGACGGCUGUUCCUGCGCCAGAUCCUGUCUACGUUUUACGAGGAACAAACAGUGGCAUUAACACACUGUGUUUUCAGUGUUCAAACCCAGAUCCAGAUUUUCCCAUUCUUUACUCAGGAUCUUCUAACGGACUGGUCCAUAUCUGGAAUCUGAAGACGCGCCGAGUCUGUGGCAGCCUGAAUGGCCACGGUGGAAAUUCAGUGUACUGUGUGAAAACAUUAUCCAAUAGAAGAAAUGGGCUUCUUAGUCAGGGCCGUGACCAGAACAUCUGCCUGUGGGAUUUAUCCGAAGGAAGGAACGUCGUCACGGAAAGCCUUUUCACGGAGAACGUUGGGUUCUGCAAAUGUUCCCUCUCUGAGGUGACAGAGAAACGGUCUCUCCUGGCCACUCCGUGGAAAGGGUUAGAAGAGGUUCGUGUUGUGGAGCUGCCAUCCAAGACAUCAAUCUGUACCUUGAAGCCGGAGACGGAUGCCAAGCUGGGCAUGCCCAUGUCUCUGAGGAUGUGGCAGCCCAACGCUGGCUCUCAUCCUCACCUUCUGGCCGGCUACGAGGACGGAUCAGUGGUUCUGUGGAAUUUAUCCAUGGGGCGAAUGCUGAGUCGGCUCACAUGUCAUCAGGAGCCGGUCAUGAGCCUUGACUUCGAUUCGGAGAAGACCAAGGGAGUGUCCGGAUCCUCGGAGAAGAAUCUUUGCGUCUGGAGCCACACCGGGCCGGAGAACCUGGAGCUUCAACAAACGUACCAGCUCACCAACCCUGGGAUCUCCGAGGUGACCUUACGUCAAGACAAGAAGAUCUUGGCCACAGCCGGCUGGGAUCACCGCAUCCGUCUCUUCGGCUGGAAGAAGCUUAAGCCGUUAGCUGUCUUAGACUACCACACAUCAACAGUCUAUUGUGUAGCCUUCUCAGAUCACAACCAGCCCAGUGAGAGACUAAUGGCAGCUGGCUCCAAGGACCACCGCAUCAGUGUCUGGUCAAUAUAUAAUCAGACAUGAAAGGAGAACUGGAGAAGACCAACAUUUGCAGAGUUCAAAGAUGAGAGAGAACCAGUGACUGUCCUACAGAAUGAAGGAGAACAUCAACCAGUCACUGCCCUGCAGAAUGGAAGGAGAACAUCAACCACUCACUGUCCUUCAACCCUCAAAGAAUGGAGAACUCUAAGAAACAAAAGACUACUAACACUAGAAGGUCGCGAUAUUCAAGCAGGAUGGCAUGCAUCUUCGGGAUCUGGCCUUCUAAAGAGCAGUCAGCGUUGAUCUCCUCUAGGACUGUCCGGUUGGAUCGCCUUGCAGUCCAAGGGACUCGCAGGAGUCUUCUCCAGCACCAGAGUUCAAAGGCCUCAUAUUUAAUAUUACAUAUCAUCACAGCAGCAAGAAUAGUUUAUGCCCAACAAUGGAAUAUACCUAAAGAAAGGGAAAUAAUGAAGAAAAUAUUUGACUGCACAGAAUGUGAUAGACAUUGGAACUGAAAAAUAACAGGAGAGACAGAUUUGGAAUAGAUUUUACCAAUGGUUAGAUUUAAAGAAUGGAAGUCAGAACAGAUAAGAACAAGGAUGUGUAGAUGGAAAGAAGAUGUAAUAUAUGUAAAUGUAAGCGUCUAUACAAGGUUAAGUAUGUGUAUAUAAUUAGUAAUUAGUAAUGCAUAUUGAAUACACAAGAGGCUUUAGUUUUGUAUGGCGGAGAUAACGCCAAGACGGUUGCACCAUGUCCAACUUUUUUAAUAAUAAAGAUUAUA